AUGCAACUCAUCACUGGGUUGCUGCUUGCGGCUACGGCCGUCCAAGCACACUACACCUUCCCGAGGCUAGUGGUCAAUGGGAAGUCUGAGGACAAGGACUGGUCCGCCACCCGCAUGACCAAAAACGCGCAGAGCAAACAAGGAGUCCAGAACCCAACCAGCGGCGACAUCCGCUGCUACUCAUCGCAGACGGCUUCUAACGUGAUGACGGUGCCCGCUGGGGCCACUGUCAGCUAUAUCUCGACGCAGCAAAUCAACCAUCCCGGGCCGACGCAAUACUAUCUCGCCAAGGUCCCUGCUGGCUCGUCGGCCAAGACGUUCGACGGUUCAGGGGCUGUCUGGUUCAAGAUCGCCACCACGAUGCCCACUACCGACAACAACAAGCAGCUGGUCUGGCCGGGGCAGAACACCUACGAAACCACCAAGGCUACCAUUCCCGCCAACACCCCUAGCGGCGAGUACCUUCUCCGGGUCGAGCAGAUCGCACUGCACAUGGCGUCGCAGCCCAACCAGGCCCAGUUCUAUCUCGCCUGUUCCCAGAUCCAGAUCACCGGAGGUGGCAACGGCACGCCGGGACCUCUAGUGGCACUGCCGGGUGCCUAUUCGAGCAACGACCCGGGUAUCUUGGUCAACAUCUAUUCCAUUGCGCCGGAUUCCUACAAGCCCCCAGGACCGGCCGUGUGGAGCGGCUGA